GAGAGAAGCGUUAAGGAAACGAACGCGAUACGUUGUUUCUUUUUCGAACGAGGGAUCGUCUAGACGAUAGGCGAUGAAGGAUCUGUACGUAUUCGCUAUCGCCUUGUCGGCAUGCUGGACCGUGAUCAGCGCAGAGGAAUGGAAGUUAGGCUGUCCUGUUACAGUAUGCAAAUAUCCUGAGAAAUAUGCGACCAAUCUACCGCAUGAGACCGAUUGCACGAAAUUCUACAAAUGUUCUUGGGGUCGACCAGUAUUGAUGCAGUGUCCUUAUUCCGGGGUUCCGUUUCUGACAAUGGGUGGCUCGAAGAACAGAUUGCAUUACAACAGACGCUUACAAGUUUGCGAUUGGCCAUGGGAUGCUGGUUGCGAAAGUUGUCCGAAGAAUUACAAGAAGGACAAAUGCAUACCGCCUAAUCCAAAGAUAUCUAAUCCAGAUGACUCCAAUAAUAAAUCGUAUUAUGAAUGCGUAAAUGGUAAACCAAAACCGAAAAAAUGUGCUAAGAAUAAACGCUUUAGUCGCACGUGUCAAGAGUGCGUGAAAAAUCCAAAAGGCGGGAUUUGUGAUAAUCGAAACCGUAAAUGCGAGGACGGCGAGGUAAAGGCUCACGAAUGUGACUGCACAAAGUACUACGAAUGUGAAAAUGAUGAAUGGAUUGAACGCACGUGUAAGAAAGGUCGUUUUGAUCCGAAAAGGAGAAAUGCAUAAAGACUAGCCUAACUGCUGGAUGCAAGCAAUGUUAGAAUAAUGAAUCUAUCAGAUGGGUUACUAAUUGAAAAGGUUUUGCUACAUUCUCGGUGUUCUCGAGUGACAAAUUAUUUUAUAAAAUUAAACAUCUCGUAUAAGAUGGAAACAAGUUUUGAUUUGCAAAUUAAUCUUAACUAUAUGAUUAACAAGAAAUAAUCAAAACUGAAAAUGUGCGAAACUAUGGAGAUUAAGUAGAAAAUUAGAGUAAAAAAUUAUGA